AUGACACGCACAACGCAUUGGCUACUGGCGUGCAUGGUGUAUGUCUGGUUUCAAAGCUUGAGUCUGGUCUCAGCGGGGCGUCAGCGAUACGAGGUGCUCCAGGCGGGAGAUGAAGCCAUGCUGCAGGGAACAUGGUCUUCUGGUUCAGGCAGAGUGGUCACUGGUGCUGGCUUUUUCAACCCACGAACCAGGAGUUUCACGCCACCCCCUGUUCCUGGUCAGGCUUACAGUUUCACUCGAGAUGGUUUCUGGGAGUUUGCAAAGUAUCGCGUAACACCGAACCCGAGGAAACCAGAGUGCAUCACAAGCCAACUCGUCUGGCAACACGGCAGUUACCUUCUGCACUCGAACGGUACACUUCAGCUCUAUCCGAUCGCACGAGAGGGCGCACAGUUGCUCACCUCGAGCUGUAACGACAAUAUCGGCACUAGUCGACCGGAAGAGAUGUACGAUGUUGCUGAAGAGUAUACGUUGGUGGACACCUGGAUCGACUUGCACCACGGCGUCUCCGGUGCCGCGCUGCGUCUGACGGAUGCUUGGGGCAAUCGAUCGCCGAGUCUGUGGAAAAUCUACGAUCCUCCCAUGAUGCUUCCCACCGACGCCAUGUAUCUCGAGUACAUUGGCAUUCCCUAG